GAGGGGCUUUGGUCAGCAAACGAGCAGGCUAAGCGCUUGGAGGCGUUGAGGACUCCCGCCAAGGCGGGCCGCAAGGCGGCUUUGCAUUCUAGCCUGAUGACUUACCUGAUCUUGGAGGUGCUAGGGUCCCCGGCGGCCUUGGUCGCGGCUGUUUUGGCGAUUCUAGUGUCCGCACUUUUGUUGGACCGGACACUGCUCCGCGAGUGGCUUUACGACUUUGUGUAUUGCUGGCACCGGAGCACCAAGGACACCUGUAAGGACAGCGGCGUUGGGGCCAGCAGCAGUACCGAUUGCAGCCUUGCGCAGCAGGGUGCGGCGCCGGGCGGCGCCGCUGCGGCCGAGACGCCGCAGCCGCCCAGUCGCGGUGAUGGCGGUCAGGAGCUGCUAGCGCUUGACCCCGCGGCGUUCACGGAGCACCUGCGCGCGCUGGUGGCCGCUGUGACGGCCGCGGCGGAGGCCGACGACCAUGCGCGGCUGGGCGCCACGCUGGGGGCGCUGCUGGAGCACGGCUUCGAGGCUCCCGGCAACGUGGACGCCAUGUGCGAGUGCGGCCUGGCGGCGGCGCUGCGGCUGGCCCUGCUGCGCCUGACGCGGCGGCUGCGCCAGUCGCCGGUGUGGCGGGUGCUGGCAGCGGCCAAGGCGACAGCGGCAGGCGGCGGCCAGGAGCAGCGGGCGCCGCAACAGCCGUCAGAGCUGGCGGGCGCGGGCCCUGGCGCAGCUGGCGGUGCAGCAGCAGCUUCCGGCAUCAGCAGCCACGGGAAGCAGGCGGCGGAGGCCCCCGGGGCCGGGGUUGGAGCUGAGGUGCCGACAGAGCUGGGGACGGUGCUGUCGCUGCCGGCUCCGGGUGACGAGGAGGCCAAGCAGUGGAGGGCGCUGGGCACGGCCUGCCUGCAGGCCAGCUGGAUGCUGGUGCAGAUGGCGGGCGGCUCGGCGGCGGCGCGGCGGGCGGUGGCGCGCGGCGUGUCGGUGCGCGCGGUGGCGGACUUCAUGCGCGCCAUAGCGCCACUGGAGCUGGUGGCGGCGUCCACAUCGGCGUCGGCCGCCACCACUACGGCAAGCAACGCACUCGCAGCGGCCGGUGCUGCCGGCGGGCUGGCGGGGUUCGACGCCUCCAUUGGCAGCAGCCACGGCAGCAGCUAUGUGGGCACCCUCAACCCGACCGCCGCGGCGGCGCUGGGCCUACGCCAGCCGGGGGCUGGGACCGGGACUUGGGGCAGUGGCGCCGACGCCACCCGCCACGCGCGGCCCGGGGCCUCGCUCAGCGACCCGGUCGCCCCCGAGUCGCUGUUGCCGUACGCGCUGCUGGACGCCGUGCUGCGCAACUGCAGCUGGGCCCUGUUCCUGCUCAGCGACGCGGCGUGGGGCCUGGCGGCGGACGCCGCCGCGGCGCCGGGGGCCGAGCAGGCCGAGCGGGAGGCGGGAGCCGGGGAGGCGGCAGCGGCAGGCCAGGAGGCGGCAGGGCAGGACGAGGCCGCGGGUGCGGUGUCCCUGGCAGUGGAGGUCGGCCGGGUGCUGCUGCCCCCCGCCGCACCGGGGCGGCCGGCAGCUAGCGGCAGCAGCGGCGGCGGCCGCAGGCACAGCGGGGUCGCUGGCGGCGAGGGCGGCGGCUGUGUGGGUGAAGACGGCGGCGAGGGUGACGGUGCGGGCGUCUGGCAGGAGGGCGCGGGCGACCUGCUGGCGGCGCUGGUGCAGUUCUGGGACGGCCUGGAGGCGGCGGUGACGGCCGGCGCCGUGCUGGGCUGUGCGGCGCUGCUGGGCGGCGCGGAGCCGGAGCUGGCGGGCCGCGCGCGGCGGCUGCUGCUCAGCGCGCCCACCUUUGGCGCCCUGGCCGAGGUGCUGUGCCGGGCCGGCGCCACGGAGGAGGCCGCGGCACCUGCGGCUGCAGCAGCGCCAGCACAUGCAGCUGCGCCUGCAAGCACCGCGGCCGCGGCCAGGGCCGCCGCCCCGCUGAAUGCCGUCGCGCUGCCGCCGCCGCCGCUGCACCUGACCACGCCGGCACUGACGCGGCCCAUGACGCGGCCCUGUGCCGUGCUGGCGGCGUUCGUGGCGGACUGCCUGGCGCAGCAGCAGGCGCCGCCGCCGCCUGAUGCCGCCGCUGCCGCAGCCGCUGACGCAGGUGCAGGAGCUGCAGCUGCAGCCUCGACAGCAGUCGCGACAGCAGCCGCUGCGCCCAUGAAGGGGACGCCGGGUGCCGCGGUGCCGCUGCCGGGCUGCGCCUCGUCGGCCGCGGCCUCGCCGUGGCAGGCGGCGGUGGUGGCGGCGCUGGGCGGCGUGGUGAGCGUGGGCGGCCUGAGCGCCGACGGCAUGUCGCCGUGCGAGGCGCUGCUGCGUCAGGCGGUGGCGGAGCACGCGGUGAGCUGGCUGCUGCACGCGCCCGCACUGCCGCUGCAGCUCCGGCGCCAGCUGCUUCGGCUGCUGCUGGGCGGCUGCGGCGGCGGCGAGGCGCGCAUUACCGUGCUGUCCUCGGCGCCCGUGAGUGAGGUGAUGAUGACGGCGGCGGCGGCCGCGGCGGGGGCCUGCCCCUGGGCCGAUGACGGCGGCAGCGGCUGCGGCUCCUCGGUGUCUGGCAUGGGCAUGAACGGCGGCGGCCUCCAUGGCGGCGGCGGCGGCAACGGCCUGGGCGCGCUGGACCCCACGGAGCACCUGGCGGCGCUGGUGGCGGCGCAGCGGCAGCGGCAGUACGCGCUGGUGGACGUGCCGCUGGCGCUGUGCCACGUCAUCUCCGCGCCGCCCGCAUGCCACUCACUGCUGCCGCCCGGCGCGGCGGGGCUGGUGCUGGCGGCGGCGCCGUUCGGCCUGGCGCCCGUGCAGGGGGCGGCGGAGGUGGCGGCCCCCGCACCCGCACCCGCGCCGCCGGCUCCCGGCCCGGCAGGCACACGCGCUGUCAGGCUGGCGCUGGCGGCGGCCGCCAUGCCGCAGCCGGAGGAGCCGCGGGCGGCAGCGGCCUCAGCGGCAGCAGCGGCGGCAGCGGACGGGCAGGACACGGCGGCGGCGGCGGCGGCGGCUGAGGCCCUCGAGGCCGGUCCCGAGUGGGAGCUGGACGCUGCGCUGCUGGGCGCGCAGGCUCUGGAGGCGCAGCUGCUGGAGCAGGAGCUGGAGGAGCUGUGGCCGCAGGAGCAGCUGGCGGCGCAGCUGGCGGACAUGCGGCGCCGCGCUGGGCAGCAGCAGGAGCCGCAGGCACAGGCGGAGCCUGGCAGGCGGGCGGGCGGCGCCCCCGUCCCUGCACCCGCACUGGCGGCGGAGCCACCACAAGCACCACCGCCAGCUGCAGAGCCGGAGGUUCAGCCGGCAAUCGCGCCCGCUGCACCUGCAGCCCUAGGCGCCGCCGGCGGCGUCAAUGGUGCCGCCGCCGCCGCCGCCGCCACCACUGAGCGGGCGGUGUCUACGCUGGCAGUGGCCUGCCGCCUGCUGCUGGCGGGCGGGCGGCUGGAGGCGGCCUUCGGGGCGUUCUUCAGCGACCUGCGCACAGCCGGCACGGCGCUGGCGGCGCGGCGGCACCGUGAGACAGGCGGCGCCGGGGCGGGCGGCGGCGGCGGUGACGUGGCCGCGCUGGUGCAGGGCAGCUCCUUCGCGUCGCUCAUCAGCGCGCUGGCGGGACCGGGCGGGGCGCCCGCAGCGGGCUGCAGUGGCGACAGCGCCCAGGCGGCGCCCCUGGGGGCAGCGUGCGGCGUACUGGCGGCGGCGGGCUUUGGGCCCGAUAGCUGGGGCGCGGCGUCCGCGGUGCCAGCUGGCGGCGGUGUGGACAGAGCGGACAGGGCCGACAGGGCCGCGCGUCGCUCCGGCCCGGGUGUGGGCUCGUCGGCCAGCCGCCGCGCCGCCGCUGCGCCCGGCUCCCCCGCGCCCAGCCAGCCGUCAUGGGGCCUCGCGCCGCCCGCACUGGCCCGCCUCAGCACCGACAGCAGCGCCUCCUCCAGCACCGCCGGCGCUGCCGCCACCGGCGUGUCGCCCUUCUCCUCCGCGCUGGCCGCCAGCGCCGCCGCCGCCGCAGCGGCCGCCGCAGCUGCGGCAGCCGCCACCUCGCUUGCGGCUGAUAGCGGCGGCGGCGGUGCUGGCGGCGGCGGCGGCGGCGUGCUGCUGACGGACGUGGUGGCGGGGGUGGCGGGUCUGAUUGACGCCAUGCUGAGCCGCUCGGCGCCGCUGGCUGGCUACACAGCCCUGCGCGGCAGCGGCGUGGACCACUACGACUCCAUGAGCGAGUCCUCCUCCUCCGCAUCCGCCUCGGUGGCGGCCUCGGCGGCGGCCUCCCUGCGCAGCGGCCUGCCCCGGGCCGCCGGCAGCCCCACCUUCCCGCCGGCGCUGCAGCUGCCAGCGGCGCUGCGGCUGCAGCUGCAGCUGCCGCAGGCACCCCCGCCGCAGCCGCGGCAGCCGCCGCCGGCCCGUGCGCCCGCGGAAGCCGGGCCGGCGGCGCCGGGCCCAUCGCAGUUGCAGACCCGCGUGGGCCGUGGCUUUGUGGCUGCGGCUGCCGACGACGACGACGACAGCUCCUCAGCCGCCGGCCCGGGUGAGGCCACUGCCGCGAUGCCGCGCAUGGAGGCGCCGCCAGAGGCUGGGCGCCCUGCCGCGGCGGCGCCGGUGGCGUGGUCCCGCGCCGACCGGGAGUGGGCGUUUGUGACGGUGGCCGCAAUCGGGCGCGGUGCCGGCGGCGCCGGCGGCGGCGCGCUGGGCAUUGUGGAAAUGUUGGACGUGAGCGGUGCCGGCGGCGGCGCCGUGCGCUCCACCUCCCUGUCGGCGGUGCACACCUCGGUGUCCGCCGUCACCGCCGCCUCCAUCGCGGACUCGUUCGUCGCGCCGGCGGACCCCUCCCACGGCCGGGCCUCACGCGGCGGCAGCCCCGACAGCUUCGGCUACGCCGGCAGCGGCGCCGGCCCCAGCAGUGCCAGCGGCAGCGGCAGCGCCGGCGCCAGCACCGGCCGCCGGCCGCACCGUGUGGUAGACCUGCGCCGCCCGGCCCUGGCAGCAGCGGGCGCCGCCUCGGCCUCGGCCUCCGCUUCUGCAGACGCUGCUCCUGCGCUGCACACCGCCAGUGCUGCUGCCGGCGAGCUGUGGGGCCACGAGAUGCUCCCGGCCCCCGUGUGCAGCAGCGCUGCCACUGUCAUCGGUGGUGAGGCAGUGGCAAUGGCAGCCGCCGCGACGGCGACGGCGGCGGCGCCGGAGUCACUGCUGACGGCUGCGACGCUGGCGCACUGGCCCCGUGACCAGGUGGCGCCGGAAGAGGAGGCAGGCGGCCAGGCGGGAGGCGGCCAGGCGGGAGGCGCUCAGGCGGCGCUCGCGGUGGUGUUGGCCGAGGAGGCCUCCAGCCUCCACAUGCAUGUGCGUGGGCCGCAGCGGGAGGCGGCGGCGGAGGCGGCGGCUGCUGGUGCCGCUGCUGGGGAGGGCGCCGGGGGUGAGGUUGAGGACGGCUACUCGCUGGCGGCUCGCCGCUUCGAGUUCGACACGUGCGAUGACGCCGACGUGGACGGCGUCGUCGCCUCGGCCUCCUCGCCCACAGCGCCGCGCCAGCACCCCGGCGGCCUGGAGCCGGAGCCGGCGGAGGCGGAGGCGGCGCCAGCCGAGUCGCAGGAGCGGGCAGGGCAGGCGGAGGCGGGGGCCGAGGCGGCGCACCGGGCGGCGGCUGUGGCGCGCCAUGCCGCGGCGCUGCUGGCGCGCGCCACCGCACCACCGGAGCUGCAGCCCUGCCCGCCGCUGGGCCUGGGGCUGGGCCUGGAGGGAUAUGCGGCGUCGGCGGCAGGUGGUGGUGGCGGUGGCGGCGGCCUGGAGGAGGGCGUGUGGGCGCCUGCGGGAGGGGCCGGCGGCGGCUCGCAGCCGCCCUACCACCCUGCGCCCUACUCGCGGCAGCAGCUGUGGCUGGACCCCUGGCUGACGCCGGGCGACACCGGCACCAGCCCGGCGGUUGAGGCGGAGCAGCCGCGCCACUGGGCCGCAAGCGCUACCGCCCCGGAGACCACGCAUGCUAUGCGAGGCCGCGCAGCCGCCGGCCGCGGUGGCGGCCUGUGGGGCGCGUCGGCGGCGACGGCUGGAGGUGGCGGCGGCGGCGGCGGCGGCAGCGGGCCGCUGCUGCUGUCCAUGAGCGAUGAGCUGGUGCGCCUGAACCGCGGGUCCGAGCCGGGCGCCUUGGCAGCAGCAGCAGCAGCAGCAGUAGGGGGUGGCGGUGCCGCGGCAGCCAACGGCAACGGGCAUGUGCGCACCAUUGCGCCGGCGCUCCCACAGCCGCAGCUGCCGCCGCACCAUGAGGCCGGAGCAGCCGCAUCCUCGGGCGCGGGCCCCAGCGGCUGCGGCUCCAGCGCCAUGCUCGCCGCGGCGCCGCAGCCGCGCAGCACAGGGCCUCCUGGCGUGGCGCCGACGGCGACGGACGCGUUCGGCGCCGACGCCAGCCUGGGCAGCAGCAGCGGCGGCAGUGGCGGCGGCGCCUGGGCGGGCCGACCGGCAUUGAGCGGUGCCGACCUGCCGCCCUACACCUAUUUCGGCUCGGCGCAUCUGACGGCGGCGGCGCUGGCGGUGCCUGUGGACAUGGCGGCGACGGCCGGUGCCCGCGCCGCCGCCGCCAACCUCGGCAGCAACAGCGCCGCCGGGCACAUCGCCAUCGCCGCCGCGGCCGCCGCGGCUGCGGCCGCCGCCACGAACGCCUGCCGGCCGGGCGCCACCACUGCCGCAACCACGGUGGCGGCGUUGGGUGCGAUCGCCAAGGCCGCCGGCCGCCACGGCGCCGGUGCCGGGGCGGCUGCUGGCGGCGGCUGGGCUGCGGGCUUGGCGGCGCUGCAGGGUGGCGGCGGCGGGGAGGGCACUCGGCUGCCGCCGGGGCUGCGUCGCGCGCUGGCGCUGGUGGCGGCGUCUGACGACGGGUCCGGCGGCGGCCCGGGCGGCGGCGGCGGCGAUGACGACGACCACGCCGCCAGCCACUGGGACCAGGGCGCGGCCUCGGAGGCAGCAGCGGCGCCGGGCGGCACCGAGGACGGCAGCUACGGCGACGGCGGCUGGAUGGCCCCUGCGUCGCCCACACACCACCGCCGCCAGCACCACCAUUAUGACCAGCCCUACCCGCAGCACCACCACCAGGCGCCGUCGCCGGCCGCCGCCGCCGCCUCUCCGCAUCCGAUGGGCCCGUGGUUCGCUGCCGGCGAGGACGCCUCAUCGGGAGGCAGCGGCAGCGCCGGCACCCGCGCCGCCGCCACCGCCGGCUUCGGCUCCAUGCUCUUCCACGCGGGUGCGGGCGGCGCGUCCGGCGUGGCGUCCGGCAUGACGUCCGGAACGGCGUCCGGGGCGGCGCCGGUGUCGCAUGUGCCGUCCGCGCUGCUGGCCUCAUCUCCAGGGGUGCUGCCGCUGCCUCAGCUCCAAACAACCGCCAGUGGCGCCGCAGCCGCGCCGCAGCCGCCGGCGGUGUCGCAGCCGCUGCGCCGCCUCGCGGCGCCACCGCCGCUGCCGUCGCCCCCGGUGGCAGCGCCAACGUCGACACCGCCGGCUGCGGCAGUGGUCACGACAGCGGCACAGCCGGCGGCGGCGGCCUCGGGCGCGGGCGCGGCGGCGGACGGCGAGCCGCCCAUCGUGUUUGCGUGGGGCCCCCGGGAAAGGGUGGUGGUGACGGCGCGCGAGUUCCGGCUGCUGCGGCGCCUGUCGCCACUGCUGUACGGCUGGCUGUCGCGGCUGCCCUCCUUCUGCUCCUGCUCCUCCACACCCACACCCACACCCAACGCUGCCGCGCCGGCGGCUGGCCCAGGCUUCGGCGACCCCUUCCCAGCCGCCGCCGCCACCGCCAGCGGCCCCCUUGCGCCGCCGCCGCCGCCCUCAGUGGUGCCGCCGCCGCCUGUGACGCUGGUGUCGGUGCCGGGUCUGGACGCCGCCGCCAACGCGCGCGUGUUUCGCCAGCUGCUGGGCUGGGCGGCGGGGGUGCGCGACCUGGGCCGCCUGCUGCAGCUGCCGACGCAGCCACCCGCCGACACACACCCGCACCAGCCGCAGCCGACGGUGGCCGCCACCACAGGCCGCCGGCCCCAAACGGGCGGCGGCGGUGCGGCGGCCGCCGCCGCUACUGCUGCUGGUGCCGCUGGCUGUCAGGAGCUGUGCCUGGACCAGCUGUUGGCGCUGUGGCGGGCCGCCGACUACCUGCAGGUGGACGAGCUGCUGACUGCGGUGGAGGACCACCUGGCCUCCGCCUUCGGCCGCCCGCCGCCCGCCGGGCCCGCGGCCUGGGCGGCGGCGCUGGCGCUGGCGGGGCAGCAGCCGCACCUGCUGGGCGGCGGGCGGCUGGGGCACCUGGCGGCGGCGCACUUCAUGAGGCACGUGUGGGCGCUGCUGUGCGACGAGGGCGCGCUGGCGGCGGCGGCGGCGGGGGCGGGCGUGCUGGCGGCGGCGGUGGGCGGGCAGGUGCGGGACCGGCUUGUGGCUCUGGUGGCGCUGGCGGACCAGGACCUCACCGGCGGAGACUGAGGCGGCUGGAGGGGGCUGGAGGAACGAAUGGAGCGAGCGUAGGAGCAGGAGCAGCACCACAACGAAUGUCAGGAGGCAGCAGGCAGCAGAAGCAGGAGGCAGCAGCAGCAGCAGCAGCAGCAGCAGCAGGCAGCAGGAGGAGGAGCAGGGCGAUCCGGGAGGUUGCCGGACUGGUCAUGACACGGGGCAAGGACACUGCGUGAUGGUGGCAACAGCAGCAGCAGCAGCAACGGCUAUUUGAAUCUUGCAGGUUUUCAUCCAAUAUAGAUGGCGGUGAGGGCCACUCAUUUGUCGCCCCGGCGCUCCCCACCUCCUAUGACGGAGGGUGCUCUGGCGGCCGGGAGGGGGGAUGGGCGGUGCUGGUGUGAUGGCGUGGUGGCGACCGCCGGAAAGGCGCGAGCCAUGUUCACUGCCGCCAUGCGCUGCCGACACGCUGCAGUGCGUGUGUAUACCCCCCCCCUGACAAUUUAUGUUUGUAUUUGCUUUCAUCGCUCCUAUCUGCGUGGACGGCUGUCCACGGCGGCCGCAGCGGAGGCCUGGGAUAUGGGUGGUGGGUGUGGGGCCGGCGCUGAGUGCGUGUGGCGACCGGGUGCAUGCACACCACCACUGACACGCAGCGCGCAUGCAGCAGCCGGGGGGUUACAUUCAUGAAUGGUUAUGGAAGUGGUAGACCAUCUUCUGGCGCACGCCUGUCGCCCCUGGCAGCAGCAUCCUAUCUAGUGAGCACUGGCUGCUGCGGGUUAUGGCGUUGUGAGCCUGAUGUGCGCGAGCUGCGGGCUCGGCUGUGGGCGUAGACGUGCCGGCGGCGAGCGGCAGGGCUGCGCGGCGUGGGGUUGAGGCGGGGGCCGUGGCGCGGCGGACUGGAGGGGCGGAUGUGCCUAUUCAUGUGACGGCGCCUGAGCAUCGGACCGGGAUGGCGGACGGGCAGUUAGUGUCUGUGCAUUUGAAACUGAUGACGGCGGCAUUGAUGAUGGUGAUGGUGGUGGGGGUGGGCUUGUUCUUGAGUAUACGGUACAUACCGUGCUCGGCUGCAUGCGGUGAAAGAAAGCAUUGUCAGAUUUAUACACUGUUAUGUUUCAUUCUUGCUCCGCCCUCGCGACCUGGCGGUUGCGGUUGCUACGGACGCAGUGCGCGACAACGUGAGCAGCACGGUAGUUAUGUUUUGGCCAUGGCUGCGUUACACAAGCUGCUGCAGAUGAGCCCGCACACGUUGGCGCUUGCUACUGCUGCUGCGGUGCACCGUUCGUUGCAUGAUACCGGCGCAUCGGGUGGCAGUGGGGGAUCUAGAUAGGCCCGGCAUCGCCGGCACUGUGGAGCUGGUGUGCGGAUUGCUGUUGGGUGGUUGGCACCUCCCUCACACGGCGUACGUAGGAAUGACGGUCCAUGACGGCUCUGCCUAAUAAGGCGGCCCGUGCGGGCACCUGCUCAGUCCUUUUCCACCGCAAUUUAGCCAGCCACACCCGGAUGAGUGCCAAUGUAAUUAUUAACACUG